GUGGUCUCUCACCUUUACCCAUUGGUCGGCUGUGAAGCGGUGGUUGCUGGGAGCUGUAGUUCUUCCUGUUUCGGAUCUGUGGUGUCGUCGGCUGGUCCUUGGUGAGCUCCCCCUGGGUUUCCGGGUGUGGUGUUUGCCCUUCCUCUGCAUGGCCGGGAGCUGCAGGAUCAUCAGCGCCUCCAUAGCUCAGCUUCUGCUGAGGGGCCAGGGCCGGGGAGCUGCGCUGCUGUGGAGAGGGAAGCCCGAGCUGCAGAGCUGUCUGUGGCGGGCGGGGAGACUGUGGGCUCCGGGACAGGAGAGCGGGAGGCUGCGCAGGUCCUUCUGCACCAGCAGCUACCAGAGUCCGUAUAGUUUACGUGAAAGUGAAGAAUACCUUGACUUACCAGAGUAUGAACCAGGGUCUGUAAACAAAGGACCAAGUAAGAUGUUCAUUGUGCGCGCUAGAGGGCUGCCGUGGUCAUGCACUGCUGAAGACGUGCUCACUUUUUUCUCUGGCUGCAAUGUUCGAAAUGGCACAGAUGGUGUGCACUUCAUAUUUAAUAGAGAUGGAAAACCACGAGGAGAUGCAGUCAUUGAGUUUGAGACUGCAGAGGACUUGGUUAAAGCAUUAGAGCAGCACAAAAAGUACUUGGGUCAACGUUAUGUGGAAGUAUUUGAAAUGAGCCAAAAAGAUGCUGAGUCAUUGCUGCAAAGGUUGCAAGCUCCUUUGUCACCCACUACAGCCACUUCUGUGUCUCAAGCUGCCCAGUCAGUGGCUGGUACCCCAAGUGAUGGCACUGUACGCCUCCGCGGUCUUCCAUAUAGCUGUAGUGAACAGGAUAUUGUCAGUUUCUUUUCAGGUCUAAGUAUUGCCGAAGAAGGCAUAACAUUUGUAUUUGACCAUAGGGGGCGCAAGUCAGGGGAGGCAUUUGUACAAUUUGUUUCUGAAGAACAUGCAGAACAAGCACUUUUGAGACACAAGCAGGAAAUAGGCAGCAGGUACAUUGAAAUUUUUCCAAGCAGAAAAAAUGAAAUUCAGAAUGCUCGCUUUCUUGUUAAAAGAAGAAAAGGUGUCACUUUUGCCCCUACCAUGAAAGAACUUUAUGACCCAGACAUUUCCAUUAAUAAUGAAAAUAAAGACAGACAGUCUGACAUGGUCAGUGAGAACAAUCACAUGAAUGAUUAUGGUAAGGACAUGUCUGGGAAGGCUGCAGAUGCCAGUGAAUUCACAGUUGUAUCACCAGUUCAUGAUAUCCAUAUUCGAGGACUCCCCUUCCAUGCUUCUGGUCAAGAUAUUGCAAAUUUCUUUCACCCAGUGAUGCCAAUGAAGAUAAAUAUUGAAUACAGUGCAGAUGCAGGGGGUACUUCUGGAGAAGCAGUAGUAAGAUUUUUGACCCAUGAGGAUGCUGUAGCUGCCAUGGCCAAAAACAGAUGCAACAUGCAACAUGGAUACUUAGAAUUGUUCCUGAAUUCAUCACCAGAUGGAAAAUGAGAUGUGUUGUUGCGCACAUUAAAAAGGACAUACAAAUAAUUUCUCCAUCUCCACGUUAGACUGUAUAAACACCUCUAUUUUCUUUUAAAUGGCUGUUCAAAAGAUUGGACCUUUUAUUUUAAAUAAUAUAUAUUUGUUACUUUGCUGAAUGUAAAAAGAUAACUGGUACUAAUUCAGCAGUCACAAGGAUUGUUCAAGACAGUACCAAAUCCGAAGUACUUAUUGACCUAGAAGAAAAGUGCUUGGUGGAGUGAAUUCAUAUGGCAAUCCAGCAGCAUGUUCUUGUUUCAUCAAAGUGCCUAAGAUAAUACUGGGAAUGCUGUUCCCUUGGAAUUGAGGGAAAAUUGUAAAGUAGAAGGCAUAUACAUGCCCUGCAUUAUGCCUGUAUAGAUGUAUAGACAGACACUGGUAAGUGGUACAGUGAAUGGUCAGUUGUCUUAUCUCCUCCUCAUUGAAGAACUGCUAUGUGUGAUGGGUUCAUUCCUCGAAUAGUUUUGUUAUUGGUUCUCGAUUUAUUAAAACAGUUACAUUUAUUUGUAGUAUUUUGGGGUGGGAAUAAACAAUGACACUGGU